AAACUGCCUAACAUUCUUUUCUUACAUAGGACUGAUGGACGGCGCUGGUCUUUGGCCUCUUUGCCUUCUUCUGGCUAUGGAACCAACACUCCUAGCUCUACUGUCUCAUCAUCAUGCUCCUCGCAGGAAAAGCUGCACCAGUUGCCCUUCCAGCCUACAGCCGAUGAGCUGCACUUUCUGACAAAGCAUUUCAGCACAGAGAGUGUACCCGAUGAAGAAGGACGGCAGUCCCCGGCCCUGCGGCCCCGCUCCCGCAGCCUCAGUCCUGGACGAUCACCAGUUUCCUUUGACAGUGAAAUAAUAAUGAUGAAUCAUGUGUACAAGGAAAGAUUCCCCAAGGCCACUGCACAAAUGGAAGAGCAUCUAGCAGAGUUCAUUUCCUCCAACACUCCAGACAACGUGUUGCCCUUGGCAGACGGAACCUUGAGCUUUAUUCAUCAUCAGGUGAUUGAGAUGGCCCGAGACUGCCUGGAUAAAUCUCGGAGUGGCCUCAUUACCUCACACUACUUCUAUGAACUUCAAGAGAAUUUAGAGAAGCUUCUGCAAGAUGCUCAUGAGCGCUCAGAGAGUUCAGAAGUGGCUUUUGUGAUGCAGCUGGUGAAAAAGCUGAUGAUUGUCAUUGCCCGCCCUGCUCGUCUCCUGGAAUGCCUGGAGUUUGACCCUGAAGAGUUCUACCACCUGUUAGAAGCAGCUGAGGGCCACGCCAAAGAGGGACAAGGGAUUAAAUGUGACAUUCCCCGCUACAUCGUUAGCCAACUGGGCCUCACACGGGAUCCCCUAGAGGAAAUGGCCCAGUUGAGCAGUUAUGACAGUCCUGACACUCCGGAGACAGAUGAUUCAGUCGAGGGCCGUGGGGCAUCUCUGACAUCUAAAAAGACACCCUCUGAAGAGGACUUCGAAACCAUUAAGCUCAUCAGCAAUGGCGCCUAUGGGGCCGUAUUCCUGGUGCGGCACAAGUCCACCCGGCAGCGCUUUGCCGUGAAGAAGAUCAACAAGCAGAACCUGAUCCUACGGAACCAGAUCCAGCAGGCCUUUGUGGAGCGUGACAUACUGACUUUUGCUGAGAACCCCUUUGUGGUCAGCAUGUUCUGCUCCUUUGAGACCAAGCGCCACCUGUGCAUGGUGAUGGAGUAUGUUGAAGGAGGAGACUGUGCCACUCUGCUGAAGAACAUCGGGGCCCUGCCUGUGGAUAUGGUGCGCCUGUACUUUGCGGAAACUGUGCUAGCCCUGGAGUACUUACACAACUAUGGCAUCGUGCACCGUGACCUGAAGCCUGACAACCUGCUCAUUACAUCCAUGGGGCACAUCAAGCUCACUGACUUUGGCCUUUCUAAAAUUGGCCUCAUGAGUCUGACCACAAACUUGUACGAGGGCCACAUUGAAAAGGAUACUCGGGAGUUCCUGGACAAGCAGGUAUGCGGGACCCCGGAAUACAUUGCCCCUGAGGUGAUCCUGCGUCAGGGCUAUGGGAAACCAGUGGACUGGUGGGCCAUGGGCAUAAUCCUGUAUGAGUUCCUGGUGGGCUGCGUCCCUUUCUUCGGAGACACUCCAGAGGAGCUCUUUGGGCAAGUGAUCAGUGAUGAGAUUGUGUGGCCCGAGGGGGAUGAUGCGCUGCCGCCGGACGCCCAGGAUCUCACCUCAAAACUGCUCCACCAGAAUCCUCUGGAGAGACUGGGUACAGGCAGUGCCUAUGAGGUGAAGCAGCACCCGUUCUUUAUUGGUCUGGACUGGACAGGACUUCUUCGUCAGAAGGCUGAAUUUAUUCCUCAGCUGGAGUCAGAGGAUGAUACUAGCUACUUUGACACCCGCUCAGAGCGAUACCACCACAUAGACUCAGAGGACGAGGAGGAAGUGAGUGAGGAUGGCUACCUUGAGAUUCGCCAGUUCUCUUCCUGUUCUCCAAGGUUCAGCAAGGUGUACAGCAGCAUGGAGAGGCUCUCGCUGCUUGAGGAGCGCCGGAUGCCGCCCCCCACCAAGCGCAGCCUGAGCGAGGAGAAGGAGGACCGCUCGGACAGCCUGGCGGGGCUGAGGGGCCGAGAGCGGAGCUGGGUGAUCGGCUCCCCUGAGAUAUUACGGAAGCGGCUUUCGGUGUCUGAGUCAUCCCACACGGAGAGCGACUCCAGCCCUCCCCUCACAGUGCGCCGCCACUGCUCGGGCCUCCUGGACGUGCCUCGCUUCCCUGAGGGCACUGAGGAGGCUGGCGGCCCUCUUAGGAGGCAGCAGCAGGAGGGUGCUUGGUUUCUGACACCCCCGUCUGGAGAGGGGGUAUCCGGGCCUGCCCCUGAACGGCCAGCGGAACGGCGGCUGAAGCUGGAUGAGGAGCCUCUUGGCCAGAGCAUCACUUCUAGUCCAGCCAUGGAGACUCGAGGAGGCCGCGGGACCCCACAGCUGGCUGAGGGAGCCACAGCCAAGGCCAUCAGCGACCUGGCGGUGCGCAGGGCCCGCCACCGGCUGCUCUCUGGGGACUCUAUAGAAAAGCGCACCACUCGCCCCAUCAACAAAGUGAUCAAGUCCGCCUCAGCCACAGCCCUGUCCCUCCUCAUUCCUGCGGAGCACCACACCUGCUCUCCACUGGCCAGCCCCAUGUCCCCGCAUUCCCAGUCAUCCAACCCAUCAUCCAGGGACUCUUCUCCAAGCAGGGACUUCCUGCCAGCCCUCAGCAGCUCAAGGCCCCCCAUCAUCAUCCACCGAGCCGGCAAGAAGUAUGGCUUCACCCUGCGGGCCAUCCGUGUCUACAUGGGUGACUCAGACGUCUACACUGUGCACCACAUGGUGUGGCACGUGGAGGACGGAGGUCCAGCCAGUGAGGCGGGACUCCGUCAGGGGGACCUCAUCACACACGUCAACGGGGAGCCUGUGCACGGGCUGGUGCAUACAGAGGUGGUGGAGCUGAUCCUGAAGAGUGGAAACAAGGUGUCUAUUUCAACAACUCCCCUGGAGAACACAUCCAUUAAAGUGGGCCCAGCUCGGAAGGACAGCUACAAGGCCAAG